UACAGCAAGCUGAGAUAAGGAGGGCUGGGUUUCCUUCUUCCUCUGAGCUCCAGGAGGGAAAUUAUAGCCUCUAAAGACACGUUGGGUCACAGAACUGCCUCAACUGCUGUCCACAAUGAUCCUCUACCUGCUCUUCCCUGCUUUUGUCCUCGGUACUGUGACAUCACAAUCAGCCAACAGCACAGCGGGAAAGCUCGAUGAAGUUGGGAGGAACCAAACAUUCAACAGUACACUGAAACCAAAGAACGUGACAUCCACAUUUUAUGAAGAGAACAAGGAGGUCGAGGAUAAACUGCAAAGUAACCAAGUGUCUGUUAUCACAGAAGAUAAAGAGAGUUUCCAGGAUGAGGAAAAUAAAAUUACUGGGAAAAACUGUGAUCGGGAGUCACUACAAUACUACAGUUCCAACUACUGUGGUCAAAUUUUUCACCAGGAAAUGUUGACUAUCGGCAGAGAUAACUGGUGUGUCCAGGAACAUUUCAUCAGAGCUUACAAUGAUCUAACGAUAUGCGUGGAAUCUGUGGCUAAACUGACCAGCUGUUUCUUCCCAAACCCUAAUAUUCAAGACUUCUUUAUCGACAUCCAUUUGAAAUACUUCCAGAACUGCACCAAUGAGAAUGAUCCGAUGACUGAAGAUGCCCCUCAGGAGGUGGUGAUUGGCCUCACUCUCCUUUCUGUGAGCUUCAUCCCCAUCAUGGUUUAUCUGGUCGCUCGGAGUUAGAUGCGCACUUGUUGUUACUCCAGAGGCUGAUGUGUUUAUUUUUUUUAACAAGAUAUAAGUCAUACAUUCAGUAAUGUAUAUACCUUUAUAUAUGGUACAUAUAUUUAUUACUUUUUAGAUUAACCAU